CCCUGUGACAGUUGGAGAAGAUGCCUUACCUGGGCUCCGAGGACGUGGUGAAAGAAUUGAAGAAGGCUAUGUGUAACCCUCACAUUCAGGCUGAUAGGCUGCGCUACCGGAAUGUCAUCCAGCGAGUGAUUAGGCAUAUGACUCAGGGACUGGACAUGUCCAGCAUUUUCAUGGAAAUGGUGAAGGCCAGUGCCACUGUAGAUAUUGUUCAGAAGAAGUUGGUUUAUUUAUAUAUGUGCACCUAUGCUCCUCUGAAACCAGAUCUGGCUCUUCUUGCUAUCAAUACGCUGUGCAAAGACUGCUCCGACCCCAACCCGAUGGUCCGAGGGCUGGCGCUUCGCAGCAUGUGCAGCCUCAGGAUGCCUGGUGUGCAGGAAUAUAUCCAGCAGCCUAUUCUCAAUGGCCUGCGGGAUAAGGCUUCAUAUGUCAGGAGAGUGGCUGUCCUUGGCUGUGCCAAAAUGCAUAAUCUUCAUGGAGACUCUGAAGUAGAUGGUACUCUGGUAAAUGAGUUGUACAGUUUGCUGCGUGACCAGGAUCCGAUCGUGGUAGUAAACUGCCUGAGAGCUCUAGAGGAAAUUCUGAAGCAUGAAGGGGGUGUUGUCAUCAAUAAACCUAUUGCCCAUCACCUACUAAAUCGAAUGUCGAAACUGGACCAGUGGGGCCAGGGUGAAGUAUUGAACUUUCUGCUGCGGUACCAGCCACACAGUGAGGAGGAACUAUUUGACAUUCUCAAUCUGUUGGAUAGCUUUCUCAAGAGCAGUAGUCCAGGUGUGGUGAUGGGAGCCACCAAACUCUUUCUGAUCUUGGCCAAGAAUUUCCCCCAUGUGCAAAAGGAUGUGCUUGUUCGAGUCAAGGGACCUUUGCUUGCUGCCUGUUCUUCAGAGAGCCGUGAGCUCUGUUUCGCUGCCCUCUGCCACGUGCGCCAGAUCCUGCAUAGCCUGCCAGGUCACUUUAGCAGCCACUACAAGAAAUUUUUUUGCUCCUACUCGGAGCCCCACUACAUCAAGCUGCAGAAGGUGGAGGUGCUUUGUGAACUGGUGAACGAUGAGAACGUGCAGCAGGUGUUAGAGGAGCUUCGAGGAUACUGCACUGACGUGUCUGUUGACUUUGCGCAGGCUGCCAUCUUCGCAAUAGGUGGCAUUGCCAGGACCUACACAGAGCAGUGUGUACAGAUUCUAACAGAGUUGCUGGGCCUUCGACAGGAGCAUAUCACAACAGUGGUGGUGCAGACGUUCCGAGACCUGGUUUGGCUGUGCCCCCAGUGUACUGAAGCUGUGUGUCAGGCCCUGCCUGGCUGUGAGGAGAACAUCCAAGAUAGUGAGGGGAAGCAGGCACUUAUUUGGCUACUUGGAGUCCAUGGGGAACAAAUUCCCAAUGCUCCUUACGUGUUGGAGGACUUUGUAGAGAAUGUGAAGUCAGAGACAUUUCCAGCUGUGAAGAUGGAGUUACUCACUGCACUGCUGCGCCUUUUCCUCUCACGCCCUGCUGAGUGCCAGGACAUGCUGGGGCGUUUGUUAUAUUACUGCAUAGAGGAAGAAAAAGAUAUGGCAGUACGGGACCGAGGUCUCUUCUAUUAUCGACUCCUCUUAGCUGGUAUUGAUGAAGUUAAGCGGAUCCUGUGUAGCCCUAAAUCUGACCCUUCUCUGAGACUUUUGGAGGAUCAGGCAGAAAGACCUGUGAAUAGCUGGGCCUCAGACUUCAACACACUGGUGCCAGUGUAUGGCAAAGCCCAUUGGGCAGCCAUCUCUAAACUUCAGUGGACAGAGCACCGUGGCUCAGAGCUUUCUGGCACUGUAUCCUUUACCACCUCAGGACCCUUGAUUCCUGAAGACAAAAAGGAGCAGAUAGAAGAACUCCCUGAGUCUGGAUCCCUCACGCUCAUCCCCAGUCACCAGAUAACUGCUGAAUAUUUUGAGAAAACUUGGCUGAGCCUCACAGUUGCUCAUCACCAAGUGUUGCCUUGGCAGGCAGCAGUCCACCCCGAAACCCUCCAGAUGGCCUUGCAAGUAGUGAACAUUCAGACCAUCGCAAUGAGCAGAGCAGGGGCUCAGCCAUGGAAAGCCUACCUCAGUGCUCAGGAUGACACCGGCUGCCUCUUUCUAACAGAGCUGCUGUUGGAACCUGAACACAAGGAAAUGCAGAUCUCUGUGAAACAAAAUGAGGCGAGGACUGAGACACUCAAUAGUUUUAUUUCUGUAUUAGAAACUGUGAUUGGAACAAUUGGAGACAUAAAAUCCUAACAUAUUCUGGCCACUUGUUUGGAGAUGCAUAACUAUCAGAGUUCUUUAUUAUUUCUUCUUAGAGCUGCUUGUAAAUUUGUGUAAUAUCAGAUGCAAAGGAGAAUGAAUGUGAAAUCUAAGAAUCAGGAUUCUGAAUUUUGUUAUCCCACUCAAAGAUCAUUGACUUAUUCCACUUAUGCCUAUGGGUUAAUGCCCCAACUGUCUGAUGGCAAUAUUGUGAAAGUUAAUAGUGGUAAUGGAUAUACUGGUUUGAGGAGGGGAUGAGAGUGGGAUUAGGAAUCUUUUCUUAAGUAGUUUUAGAGAUUUUUUUUUUUUUUCAAAAGACAUCUGGUGUUUGUGAAA